AUGCCAAAAUCAGAUUUUGGUUGUAAAAGAAUUUUAUUAAGUACUGAUUGGUAUUCAACAAUACAACAAUCAAAUGUUAAUCUUAUUACAAAUCGAAUAAAACAAAUAAAAUCAAAUUCAAUUGUUACUUAUGAUGGAAAUGAAUAUGAAAUUGAUAUUAUUAUAUGGGCUACUGGAUUUAAUGUUCAUUCAGUCCAUAUUCCUAUGUUUGGAAUUCAAAGUCAAUCGCUUGAAAAACAAUGGUCACAAGCUGUUCAGGCUUAUCGUACUGUUACUGUACCUAAUUUUCCUAAUAUGUUUCUUCUUCUCGGUCCAAAUACAGGUCUUGGACAUAAUUCUGUAGUAGUAAUGAUUGAAGCACAAUUGAAAUAUAUUAUGGAAGCAUUGAUUUAUAUGCAAGAGAAUGGAAUUCGUGCAAUGGCUGUGAAAGAAAAUAUUGCUAAUAAGUUUAAUAAAGAAAUACAAUUAAAAUUAAAGAAAAGUGUUUGGCAAGUUGGUGGUUGUCAUUCAUGGUAUCAAGAUUCAAAAGGAAAUAAUACAACUAUAUGGCCUGGAUUUACAUGGACUUAUGAUCUUUUACUUAGAAAUUUUGAUUAUCAAAAUUAUGAUAUGAUAUUUACAAUAUAA